AUGGCGGAGGGAAGGACAGCCGGAGGGAAGGACACGAGAAAGGGGAGGCAGGAGGGAAGACAGCGGGCAGGAGAAGGGAGGAACUGGGGUAGCAAAGACAGAGAAAGAAAGCGCCAGGAAGAGCGGGGAAGACAAAGAGGACAGGAAGAGGGGAAAAACAGAAAAGGGGGAACCCAACAAAGGGACGGAGAAAGGAGGACCGACAGCGGAGAGGAGGAGGGGCCAGGGAAGGGAGGAGAGGAAAGGAGGGAGGGAGGAGGCCAAGGGAAGGGAGUGGGCGAGAAGGAAGGAGGAGGGGGGCCAAGCCCAGAGAGGGGAAGGGAAAGGGAAGGAGAAGGGAGGGGAAGGGGAAGGAGAGAGACGAGAAGAACGGGGACGGGAGGGGGGCAAGGGAGGGGAGGAAGGAAGGAGGAAGGAAAGAGGGGAGGGGGGAGUGAUUAG